GGCCGGGACGCCGCCCAACUGCUCCAGGAGGCCAUCGACCGGCACCGGGGGCUCAACGUCCGGCUGGUGGCCAUACUCAACGACGCCACCGGCACUCUGGUCCAGGGUAUACACCUGGACCCGACAUCAGCCGUGGGACUCAUUUUGGGCACCGGUAGCAACGCGUGUUAUAUCGAAAAGAUUGAAAAUAUCGAUUACUGGACCGAUAGGGACGAGUGGCUGAGACGGGGCUAUAGGGAAGUGAUUGUGGACAUGGAGUGCGGAGGGUUUGGCGAUAAUGGUGUCAUUGAUUGGGCCAAAACUAAAUACGAUCUGAGUUUGGACAGGGAGUCCCUUUUUCCCAACUCUUAUACGUUUGAGAAGCUAUUUGGCGGCAAAUUCUUGGGUGAUAUCGUGCGCCGAGUACUCCUGGAUUUGGCCCAAAAUGGACUCCUAUUUGACGGCAAAAUAACCGACGAAUUGAAAACUGUUGAGUCAAUUACCGCCACCGACCUGUCCAACAUCGAAACCAAUAAAUCAGACGACAUAUUUGAAUCCCUGGCCAAACGUCUGGGCUAUGAGUCCUUUACCAGCGACGACAGGAACACCAUUAGCUACGUGUGUGCGGUGGUGUCCAUAAGAGGUGCCCUUAUGUUGGCGGCCAUCCUAUCCAACCUGAUUGUCCGUAUCGAUAGACAGGAGGUGACGAUAGCCAUCGACGGCUCGGUUUACAAAUAUCACCCGAAGUUUCACACAUUGAUCACCGAUUUUAUCCGCGAAUUACUGCCAACCGAUUGCCACAAGAAGUUUAAGUUGAUUCUGGCUGAGGAUGGGUCGGGUAAGGGGGCCGGACUGGUGGCUGCCAUCGCACAGAGACUCGCAAAGUGA